AUGGAUAAGCAUGGCGUGAAGACCCCCUUGUGGAAGCAGGACCUGGAGGAGCCCGGGGCCGGGGAGGCGGAGCAGGAGGAAGCCGAGGAGGAGGCGGAGGACGACGAGGACGAGGACGAGGACGAGGACGAGGAGAGGCCGCCGCAGGAGGGCGCGGCGGGGGACCCGGAGCAGGGCGCGGAGGCGGAGGAGGGCGCGAGCUACUGCCCGCUGCGCCAGGAGUCCAGCACCCAGCAGGUGGCGCUGCUGCGGCGCGCGGACAGCGGCUUCUGGGGCUGGCUCAGCCCGCUCGCGCUGCUGGGCGGCCUGGGGGUGCCGGCCGACAGGAAGCGGAGCCUCCCGGAGGAGCCGUGCGUGCUGGAGACGCGGCGGCGACCGCCGCGCCAAGGCUGCUGUGCGCGCUGCGAGAUCCUUUUUUGCAAGAAAUGCAGGAACCUGCACAGCCACCCGGCCUACGUGGAGCACUGCGUUCUGGAUCACCUGGAUCUGGGUAAGGCGGGGGCCGCUGGGGGCUCCUGGGCGCCCCCACUCUCAGCCCCUGUGCCCUCCACCCUCGCCUGA